CGAGGGUGGCCGGUGCGUAGUGGGAAUUCCAGUUCGCGUGUCGCGGCCGCCGAGUUUGUGAAUGAGAGACGUCAUUUAGUUUGCGAGCUGUGAAUAAAGAUUUGUCGUCCGAACAGCGUGAAUAUUAUUUAGUAUCUCCGUGGGAGUUCAACAUUGGGAUCGUGUGUCGAGGGUAACGGGGGGGAGGAGCGUCGCGAUGGUGUUUUAUUUCGUGAGUAACGUUGGCUCGACACCAUACACGAUCUACGUGGGCAAGGACAAGUACGAAAAUGAGGAGCUUAUUAAAUACGGCUGGCCUGAAGAUGUUUGGUUUCACGUGGACAAGCUGUCUUCAGCACACGUGUAUCUACGCCUGCAGAAGGGUCAGACCAUGGAUGACAUCCCCACGGAAGUGCUCAUCGAUUGUGCUCAGCUCGUGAAGGCCAACAGCAUCCAGGGGAAUAAAAUGAACAACAUCGCCGUGGUCUAUACGCCCUGGGGCAACCUGAAGAAGACGGCAGACAUGGACGUGGGGCAAGUUGGCUUCCAUAAGCAGAAGGAGGUGAGGUCGGUGACCGUGGAGAAGCGCGUGAACGAGAUCAUGAACCGGCUGAACCGCACGCGGGAUGAACGGCUCCCGGACCUGGCGAGCGAGCGCGAGGAUAGGGACCGUGAGGAGCGCGGCGAGAAGAAGGCCCAACUCCAGGAGCAGAAGCGCAACGAGAAGGAAGAGACGAGGAGGAAGAGGGAGCAGGAGGAGCUGCGGAGCUACUCGGCACUCAUGAAAGAAGAGAACAUGACCUCAAACCAGGAUGGAAACGACUCCGACGAGUUCAUGUGACUUCCAGGAGUGCUGCAACCGGAAGCGUGUGGGACAUUAUCAGGAAGGAGGGUUAGCGCACGCGCUUGCCUGCCUCACGGUGACACUGCGGUUUACUCAUGUGGUGGAAAGGGCUCAGCAACUGGGGCACCCGUGGGGGGUGAAUUGUUCACUACCUCGCCAUGUAUGCAGGAGGUUUUGGGUUCAGUCUUGACCCUGACACCUGUAUAUUUGGAGUUUGCAUGUACUCCCCGUGAUCGCGUGGUUUUUUUCCUGGUCCUCCGGUUUUUCCCUCCACUUUUAGAAACAUGCGUUUUAGAGGAUUUGACUUUCACAAAUUUCCACACGAUAAGCCAGUUGGGCAAACAUUUGCUGCUAGGUCAGGUUUGAAAUGAGCUACAUAACUCGGUGGGCCUUACCUGGUAAUUUUUGUUGUUAAUGGUUUCAUCUGAACUCAAAAUACACCUCGACCCAUAUAACUGAGCAGCUGUUAUCUACUGACUACACACCCCUUGCCUCUGUUCGUCCCACGCUAGUGUGAAGCUUCGUUCAUUACCUCGCACUCCGGCUGAGGCUGCUACUGGUCACGUGCCUCUACUCCAGUUUACCAGCGAGCUAGAAAAUAUCACGUGAUAAUUUAAACCCUUGCUGUCGGUGACGUUUCGCACGCGUUGAUCUAACAGCAUAUGCCAGUGAUAUCGCUGGAUUACCAUAAUCAUGUGCUUGACGAUAACUGUAAAGCAUUUUUGCUUGUUAUUAAAGCCUCAACGUUGAGUCGUAACGCCCUUGGACACCCUGCCUAGGAAUAUAUCCACACGAGCCAUUUGUUUUUGGGAUUGCAUUUUCAUUCACGACCUUCCUAGCACUGAACCAUUUAGCCCCCUUCCUAGCAUUGAACUAAUUCACCCCCUUGUUUUGUACGUGUAUCAGCAUAACAGAAACACAUUCUUGACACUUCCAUUAAUGUGCCAAACAAGGUUAGUGCUGUCGUACCUAGGGCUUGUAUUUCAUUCCGGGUCUAUCCAGGUCAGCGAGCUGGAAAAUGUAUUCUGCACUUGGCACAGCAUGCCCAGUAUACGUGUGGCUGGGGCUAGUCAACGUUGCCAGCUGGUCUACCAGUGACCCGGAAACGUUCGUUGUGAGAGGCGCGCUUGUAGAAAUUCGCCAAGCGUGCCCAUCGAAUUCCCGAAGCUGCUCGCAUGAUGUCUGCACUGCUUUGGCAAGCCUAUGGGGUGUUUUUUUUUACAUUUUCUAUUUUGUCAUGUUGCCCACCCUGUUGCAGCAUCAUGUAAUGAGAUAAAUAAUCCACGUGGAACUCUCGUAGAGCGAUACAAACCGGACUGUUUAGUCGACAGCCCGCGGAAGAGGAUCCCGCAGAGCUACCUCGGAGAAUCCUUCAAGUGGCCUGUGGUGCACACACUAGGAGACUGCAUCGUCCCGCCUGCCCAGCUGCAGACAAAUGUUCUUUGCAUGGCACUCAAACUGAUAUUUUGAAUCUCGCAGCUGGUAUUUAGCCAAAAUAAGGGCAUAAUCAAGUGGGUCCCAUUUUAUACUCAGACCACAGGAAACUGGCCGUCAGAUGCCAAAUGUGCUUUCUGGAAACAUUUCCCUGUGUUUAAAUGAGAUUUAUUUAAAGCGACGUUCAUGCGGUAAUUUACAAUCGUUACAUCGUUUUGGGUAUUUUUUUUUUACACGUUGAGAUAGAUUUUCAAGUUGGUGAUUUACUGGACUGCUUUCUGUUUGGCCUUCUCUUCUCGCGUGCAUGUUUAUGUUCGACGCGAUCAGAGAUAAUUUUUACCCGUCGGCUUGGGAUUUGGACGAACACUUGUCAAAGAGAGAAAAAUGCCUUAAUUUCCGGAUCGUUGGUCAGUGUGCACAAACUUGAAGUUAAUCAAUAAAAUCAAACGUGAAUUGCA